AUGACUACCACCGGAAUGGCCUUCUACUCAGCCAAUUUCAUGCUGCAAACUCCACCUGAGCUAGAUAAUGACCACCAACCCUCCACCUCUCUCGCUCCAAUUCUUCCCUCUUGCCCUCCACAACACUUCCAUGCUAUAGCUCCAUUUCUAAGCAAGAGAUCAACCAUGUCGUUUUCCGGGGUUGAUGUUUGCGAAGAAAGUCACGGUGGAGAGGAUGAUUUAUCGGACGACGGAUCACAAAUGGGAGAGAAGAAGAGGAGACUUAACAUGGAGCAAGUGAAGACACUUGAGAAGAGCUUUGAGUUGGGUAACAAGCUUGAACCCGAAAGAAAAAUGCAGUUGGCUCGAGCUCUUGGCCUACAACCAAGACAAAUUGCAAUUUGGUUCCAGAAUAGAAGAGCAAGAUGGAAAACUAAGCAAUUGGAGAAAGAUUAUGAAAUUCUUAAGAGACAGUUUGAAGCUGUUAAAGCAGAAAAUGAAGCUCUACAAGCCGAAAACCAGAAAUUCCACUCAGAGAUAUUGGCACUAAAGAAUAGGGAGCCAAUGGAAUCAAUUAAUCUGAACAAAGAAACAGAAGGGUCUUGCAGUAACAAAAGUGAAAAUAGUUCUGAUAUAAGGCUAGACAUUUCAAGAACUCCAGCAACUGAUAGCCCUUUAAUCACAAACCCAACAAGCAGAACCCUCUUCCCAUCUUCAAUGAGGCCUACAGGAAUGACACAGUUCUUCCAGAAUUCAUUGAGACCGGCAGAGGUUCCGUGCCAUAAAAUGGACCAAACUGUUAAAGAUGAAGGCUUCUGCAAUAUGUUCUGUGGCAUGGAGGAUCAGACAGGAAUUUGGCCAUGGUUAGAGCAACAGCAUUUCAGUUAA